CGGAGGCUGCAGGCUCCAGGCCGAUCCGGAGGUGCGGUCCCGCCGGGCGUCAGGCCCCGCGUCCAGGCUUCGUUCGCCCUAGACCCAAAAACGGCAGAAACUAAGGAGGCUGAUAACGUGAAAACGUGCGACCGGAGCCAGAGACCAGACUCUGGACGCCUCGGCCUGUGGGCGCCCGCUCCCUCCCCGCCAGCCAUGGCCCUGGUCAGCAUCAACGAGCUGCCCGAGAACAUUCUGCUGGAGCUGUUCACACACGUGCCCGCCCACCACCUACUUCUGCACUGCCGCCUGGUCUGCAGCCUCUGGCGAGACCUCAUUGACCUGGUGACGCUCUGGAAGCGCAAGUGCCUGCGGGAGGGCUUCAUCACCGAGGACUGGGACCAGCCCGUGGCCGACUGGAAGAUCUUCUACUUCCUGUGCAGUCUCCGCCGGAACCUCCUGCGCAACCCGUGUGCUGAAGAGGAUAUGACAUCCUGGCAAAUUGACUCCAAUGGGGGAGACCACUGGAGGGUGGAGAGCCUCCCUGGAGAUCAUGGGACAGAUUUUCCGGACUCCAAAGUCAAGAAGUACUUUGUCACAUCUUUUGAGAUGUGCCUCAAGUCCCAGCUGGUGGACCUCAAAGCUGAGGGCUACUGGGAGGAGCUACUAGACACAUUCAGGCCUGAAAUCGAGGUUAAGGACUGGUUCGCUGCCAGAGCAGACUGUGGCUGUACCUACCACAUCCGAGUCCAGCUGGUCUCAGACAACUACAUCGUCCUGGCCUCCUUCGAGCCCCCGCCCGUGACCAUCAAUCAGUGGAACAAUGCCGAGUGGACAGAGGUCUCCCACACUUUCUCGGAUUACCCGUCAGGGGUCCGCCACAUCCUCUUCCAGCAUGGGGGCAAGGACACCCAGUUCUGGGCAGGCUGGUACGGGCCCCGCAUCACCAACAGCAGCAUCAUUAUCAGCCCUAAGAUGACCAGGGACCCGGCCCCCUCCACAACUCAGCCUGAGACCAUGCGGGGGCAGGAGAAGGCUGCCCGCCUGCCCUCCUCACUUCGUCUCCACAGGCCCUUGUGACAGUCUGUCAUCUGCUGGCCAUUCAUCCGUCCUCUGUCUGGGCCAGUCGACUUCCAAAGGUCCCCUCCAGCUGAGCCUGUAGUGGGCAGUGAGGGCCCUUGCCCCGGGAGCUCCUGCCCCAGUUCCAACCUUGGGCAAACCCACCAGUUUGUGGUAACUCCCUGUCAUAUGCUC